UCUGCUCCGAAGUAUACCUGGAGAUUUUAGACACGAAGAAAAACUAUGUCUGGUCUGACAAGAGCUGAUGUUAGCAUGCCAGGUACCGAGUGAAGAAUUAAUAACGGAAUAUCAAGAAAAGAACACUGCGUGUGUUCCGGAGGCGUUCGCUGUUCGAGUGAGCACCUUUUGGUUCGGAGUGCACACACAAGCACUCAUCUGAGCAGUGAUGGGCGCUUGGACGCUGCUGCUGUGUCUCCUCGCCAUUGUGAGAGGCAGCCUGGGGGCAGAUACUGAGGAGCGGUUGGUGGAGCACCUGUUAAACCCCGCCCACUAUAACAAACUGAUCCGCCCAGCGACCAAUGGCUCGGAGCUGGUGACGGUUCAGCUGAUGGUGUCACUGGCCCAGCUCAUCAGCGUGCAUGAGAGAGAGCAGGUCAUGACCACCAACGUAUGGCUCACACAGGAGUGGCAGGACUACCGUCUGACGUGGGUCCCUGAGGAGUUUGAUGGCAUGGAGAAGGUCAGACUGCCUUCCAAACACAUCUGGCUGCCCGACGUUGUGCUGUAUAACAAUGCUGAUGGUAUGUACGAGGUGUCCUUCUACUCUAACGCGGUGGUCUCCCAUGACGGCAGUAUCUUCUGGCUGCCUCCAGCCAUCUACAAGUCAGCCUGUAAGAUCGAGGUCAAACACUUCCCCUUCGACCAGCAGAACUGCACCAUGAGGUUCCGCUCCUGGACCUACGACCGCACAGAGAUCGACCUGAUCCUGAGGUCCGACGUGGCCAGCAUGGAUGACUUCACGCCCAGCGGAGAGUGGGACAUCAUCGCCCUGCCGGGGCGUCGCAACGAGAACCCUGCCGACCCCACCUACGUAGACAUUACCUAUGACUUCAUCAUCCGCAGGAAACCUCUGUUCUACACCAUCAACCUCAUCAUCCCCUGUGUCCUCAUCACCUCUCUGGCUAUCUUAGUGUUCUAUCUGCCCUCUGACUGUGGAGAGAAGAUGACUCUGUGUAUCUCUGUCCUGCUGGCCCUCACUGUGUUCCUCCUGCUGAUCUCUAAGAUCGUCCCUCCCACCUCCCUGGACGUUCCUCUGGUCGGGAAGUACCUGAUGUUCACCAUGGUCCUGGUGACUUUCUCUAUUGUCACCAGUGUGUGUGUUCUCAACGUGCACCACCGCUCCCCUACCACACACACCAUGCCCCCCUGGGUCAAGCUGGUGUUCCUCAACAAACUGCCUGCGCUGCUCUUCAUGCGCCAGCCCCGGAACAGCUGCGAGCGCCAGAAGCUGCGGCAGCAACGGAGGGUCCAGGAGCAGAAGGAGAGGGGCAGGGAUGGGGGCUCCGCCGGGGGGCUGAUGGUGGGCCUGGGGCUGGGGGGCGAAGGGGGUGGCACGGAUAACAACGACCCCUGUACGUGCUACGUGAACCGGGCGUCCGUGAAACAGUUUGUAGGGGAGCUGGGAGGGGGCGCAGGGGGAGGGGGGUCGAUGGAGGGGCUGAAUGGGCUGAGGGAGGGCAGGGAGGGGGGGCAGGGGAACCGGCCUCGGGGGAAUCAGGGAGGAGGGGGCCCAGCCCUGACCCAGGCCGUGCUAGGACAGGCCUGCCCUGGGUUCGAGGAGGCUGUCGACGGGGUCCGCUUCAUCGCCAACCACAUGAAGAGUGAAGAUGACGACCAGAGCGUGAGCGAGGACUGGAAGUAUGUUGCGAUGGUGAUUGACCGACUGUUCCUGUGGAUCUUUAUAAUCGUGUGUGUGUCCGGAACGGUCGGGAUGUUCCUGCAGCCACUGUUCCAGAACUACACUGCCAAGACCAUCACCAACACCAACGGCUGACCAACCAGGUGCCCCGCAGCCUCGAUGGACACCACCCCCAUCCAAUCAGCACAGCAGGACAGGGGAAGGAGGGAGGGACCUGGGUUUUAUUAAGUCUGUGGACAGCAGCCACACCUGUUAACCUUUAUGGCCUUUCUACUGAACUGUUCUGAACUGAAUAACUAAACUAAACACCAACAGUAUUAAAUACGUAAUUUUUUUCAGAGGAGGGAUAAAUGGAUGGACAUAUCUUCCUUUUUUCCCAGAGGAAGGUGGAGAUAUCCCUCUCCUCUCUCCCUCUGAGUGGUAAGCGGCAGAAGCCAAUCAGGGAGAGAGGACACUCUCUAUAGUGGUUGACUUCCUGUAGAACGCUACGCCAGCCAAUCAAUGCUCUUCAUUCCAAGCUGACUGUGAAAGCUUACUGAGAGUUUAUCGUCCCACCUCCAACUGGUACAGAACUUAAUGCUUCAGUAACAGAACCUUGAUUGGCGACUGUGUCAACCAAUCAGAAAAAUGGAAAGGCGGUGGGGGUGUCAAGGUUCAUAAUUGUUUUUCCAAGCCGCUUCUGUUUAACCAAACUGAUAGUACAGUACAGUAUAUUUUAUCAUAGAAUAGCAGUGUACCACAGUAUAGCUUUGAGUGUAAUAUUAUUGUGAUUUCUCUGUGUCUGUUCCUGAUAGAAAGGUAUGGUGCAGUGGUUUGUUGUAUGAUUCUCUACGUUUUUAAACAAGAAUGUGAUAUUACCUGUGACACAGACACUAACACUAUAUGUGUAGAAGCGACAGAUGGUGAAGGAGAGGGAUGAAAGAGAGAGGGAUAGUGACAGGGAGUUAGAUGGAAUGAGAGGGAGUAGUUACGGUGAAUCCCAAACCACCCCCUCGCCCCUACCAACUUCCUGGGAGGUAUUUCAUCCGUUACAUGUGUCAAGUCUCUGAAUCAGACAUAAACAAAUGCAUGUUGAAUAUAAUUAGGCACGCCUCUCAAUUUGUAAAAAUAUAAUUUGGGCAAACUCCAAAUAUAUUGCAGUGUGUGUCGGGAUAGUACUUCGCUCUGAAGCCUGCAUCCAUGCUGGCUAAGUUGAAGUGGCCAUAGGAGGUUCUAACUAGCCCUUACACCCUCCAUCAUUUUCACUCCCUCAGCUUUGGGACACUUGUGCAAAUGGCGGAGGCGCGCGUGAAUGUGCAAAUGGAGUGCCGAGGGGCCAGGCGAAGGGGGUGAUUUGGGAUUCAGCCUUAGAUAGAGAAAGAUAAAGGUGUAGGAUGUCUGCCUAUACAGCUCUAUUGGGAUAAUAGCAGCCUGUGCCAUCGGGUACAGUUGCAAGGGGAUGAGUCUAGAUUCAGUCCGUUCCUGGGAAACUGAGACUGGGUUGCGCCAAUAUGGAGUAAAUUCCCUCCUUUUACAGUUGAGCCAUGAUUGCACAAAAUUGUGUGGUCGAAUAUAGAACUGACAGAUGAUAUGUAUUGUUGGAAUAAUGAUGUUUUCUCAUGAAACAGAAGCAAUUGUGUGUUACGAAUGUUUGCACAAAUGUUAAUUUCUGUCAUCGCUGUGAUUCACAUUAUCAGAGUAAGACAGUGUCUCACUCUUUCUCUGUCCUCUCCUCCUUCCCCCUCCUCUCCUCUCCUCCUUCCCCCUCCUCUCCUCCCACUCUCAGAUUGUGUUGUGCUCUGUAGCUGACUGCCCAGUGUGUAACGGUGUGUAAUGCUGUAUUAUAAUUAUUGUCAGAGCACACGGCGUCUAUAGUUAUUACAGUAAUGGUCCAGGUUCAUUUACAUAAUGUCCAGUGUGUGUGUGUGUGUGUGUGUGUGUGUGUGUGUGUGUGUGUGUGUGUGUGUGUGUGUAUUGCCCACUGCAUUGUCAUAUCUGUCAGAUGCAAUGUGCAAGAGAGCUUACUUCCCUCGCUGUCUCACCUCUUCCCUCCAUCCCCCCUCGCUCUCUCUGGACAUCUCUAGUAUAGACAUUGAUUGUAAUUAGGGUAAUGACCAGCCCACCUACACACUGAAGCACUACCCUCCUCCCCUCCGCCCCCACUCCUGCUCUCUCAACCCCCUCCUCCCUUUCUAUACUUUUUCCAUCUCCUCCCCUCCUCUCUGUCCAUCUCUGAACCACAGAUUCCUCAUGUUAUGUUCCCUCUGUCGAUCUCUCUCCAUCCCUCUGUCCCUGCUCCCUCUGAAUCUGGCUAUAACAGGUCCUGGUGUGGUGGGAUUUGGACAAGCACGCACACACACAAACACACACACAGAGGGACAGCCAGAACAAUAUACCUCCAGCUGAGUGUUAGCUGUGUGUUAACUGCCAUCCUGAGUGAUCCCCUUCCAUGACCUUGCGUCACUCUGUGGGACACAGGCUUUUCACAGUGGGUUAGCCCAGGAUAUUCCCAAGUGAACCCCCAGGACAUCCCCAGGAGAACCCCAGGACAUCCGCAGGAGAGGCCCAGGAGAACCCCAGGACAUCCCCAGGAGAACCCCAGGACAUCCGCAGGAGAGGCCCAGGAGAACCCCAGGACAUCCGCAGGAGAACCCCAGGACAUCCGCAGGAGAGGCCCAGGAGAACCCCAGGACAUCCGCAGGAGAACCCCAGGACAUCCCCAGGAGAGGCCCAGGAGAACCCCAGGACAUCCCCAGGGGAACCCCAUGACAUCCCCAGGAGAGGCCCAGGAGUGUGAAAAGCCUAUCAGAGAGCUGUGAAAUCCUGUGGAGUGGAGUGGUGUCCUCUCUUUUCCUCCAGGACCUGGCUAUAGAGCUGUGACACAAACAGAGUGCUGUCCAUCCCCUCCCUCCUCCCUGUUUCUCCACCCCUCUCUUUUCUUCCUUCUCUCCCCAUCAUUCCCUUGUUCUCUCUCUCCUCUGUCCAUUCUUCUUGUCUCUCCCUCCUCUGUCCCUCUCUCUGUGUCUCUGUCUGUUUCUCUGCUCCCCACUCAGAGGAGAGUGUUGUCCUCCCAUAACCCCUCACAGCUUUGUUCCUGUGCACACCAUAAACAGUCCAAUAAAGGUUGUAGGUUCAGUUCAA